GUGUAUCCAUCCAACUCAGGUGAUGACUACAGCAGGGAUCCAGCUGGAUAUACUCCCUCGAAACCUCCCAGCACUGUGUAUCCCGGAGCCUUUUAUAUGACAGACGGACUCCAUAACUCACCAGACCUGUGGAGCUCCCCGGGUGCCAUGAGCCAGUCAAGUUACGGUGCCAUGCUGGGCAGCUCCUCCUCCCCACUCCCACAGUCCAGUGGCUUCAACAGUUUACAUCAGCACGAACGCAUGAACUACCAGCUUCAUUCAGGAGAGGUGAAUGGAGCCCUCCCCUCCGUGUCUGGCUUCUCCUCGGGCUCUGCGCCGUACGGAGUGUCCAGUCACACGCCCCCGAUCAGUGGCACGGACAGCCUGAUGGGUAACAGAGGAACCACAGCCGGGAGCUCCGGAGACGCGCUCGGGAAGGCACUGGCCUCGAUUUACUCCCCUGAUCACUCUAGCAAUAACUUCUCCUCGAACCCCUCCACACCGGUCGGCUCCCCGCAGGGGCUUGCAGGCACGUCGCAGUGGCCGCGGGCGAGCGGAGCUGGUGCCUUAUCUCCCAGCUAUGAAGGGAGUCUCCACACUUUGCAAAACAAAAUGGAAGACAGGUUGGACGAAGCCAUCCACGUGCUGAGGAAUCAUGCUGUGGGCCAGACUGCUGCCAUGCCCAGCAACCACGGGGACAUGCAUGGUCUCCUGGGCUCAGCACCACCCCACAGUGCUGCCGUGGGCAGCCUGGGCCAGGCCUUCCCGGCCUCGGUCAUGGCCCUGGGGAACAGGCACCCAAGUCUGGUGGGAGGAGGUCACCCUGAAGAUGGGUUGUCCAGCAACCCCAGCUUGCUCCACAACCAUGUCACACUUCCAUCCCAGCCCAGCUCACUCCCUGACCUCAGCCGGCAGCAGGACACGUACAGCGGCCUGUCCGGGGGGCUGGGCCGGAGCAGCGUCUCCUCCGGAACGAGCGAAAUCAAGAGGGAGGAGAAGGAGGACGAAGAGAACACGUCGGUGGCAGAUAACUCUGAAGAGGAGAAGAAGGAGCUGAAACCCUCCCGGAACAGAACAAGUCAAGAUGAGGAUGAGGAGGACGAUCUUCUUCCCCCAGAGCAAAAAGCCGAGAGAGAGAGAGAGAGGAGGGUCGCCAAUAAUGCCCGUGAGCGCCUGCGGGUCCGUGACAUCAACGAGGCCUUUAAAGAGCUCGGACGCAUGUGCCAACUCCACCUAAACAGCGAAAAACCGCAGACCAAACUGCUAAUCCUACACCAGGCCGUAUCAGUCAUACUGAACCUGGAGCAACAAGUUAGAG